UUCAGAUUUGUAUAACUAGUAUGUCUGUUUUUUAACGAUCAGCUUGUUCUCUGCGAUUAAGAUAAAGAUUUCUCCGCAGAUGAUCUACGAGAUGGGAAACAAUCUUUGCUUCCCAGGACAGAAAGGAUUGUCCCGCCCUCCCAGAGAUUUGAACGGGUUUCUAAGGGAUGCAGUUGAGCAGGAAAACCAGGGGGAGGGGAAAGAGAACAGGAACAUAUCCUGGGAGCAGGAGUUCAGGAGAUAUCUAGAGAAAAACCAGACUGAUCUGCUGGUAUACCUGGAUUUCGUCCUGGAGACAGAGAAACUGAUCAUGUUGGGGGAGGAGGAGAAGGAGGGUAAUCCAACCAGGAAGAGAGCAGAGGAGAUCAGGUACUUAAAGUAAUUUUAUAGACAUCAACCCCUUGAUAAUUAUCUAGUAGUUUAUGCCGCUUAAAUUUAUAUGAAUAGAGCUGGGAAUUUUAAUACCGAUCUUGUACUGCUUAAUCCUCUAUUUGGAUAAUUUUAAUCCCGAUCCUGUACUGAUUAAUCCUCUAUUUGGAUACUUUUAAUACCGAUCCUGUACUGUCUAAUCCUCUAUUUGGAUAAUUUUAUUCCCGAUCCUGUACUGCUUAUUCCUCUAUUUGGAUACUUUUAAUCCCGAUCCUGUACUGCUAAAUCCUCUAUUUGGAUACUUUUAAUCCCGAUCCUGUACUGCUAAAUCCUCUAUUUGGAUACUUUUAAUCCCGAUCCUGUACUUCUUAAUCCUCUAUUUAGGUACUUUUAAUCCCAAUCCUGUACUGCUUAAUCAUCUAUUUGUUCUCUCUUGUUUAUAUCCCUACAAGAUCCUGUACUGCUUAAUCCUCUAUUUGUUCUGUCUUUUUUAAUCCCGAUCCUGUACUGCUUAAUCCUCUAUUUGUUCUCUCUUUUUAAUCCCGAUCCUUUACUUUUUAAUCCUCUUCUUGUUCUUUUUUUUAAUCCCAAUCCUGUACUACUCAACCCACUAUUUGUUCCCUUUUUUUUAUAUCCCUACAAGAUCCUGUACUACUUGUUCUCUCUCUUUUAAUUCCGAUCUUGUACGUUUUAAUCCUCUUUUUGUUCUUUUUUUAAAAUCCCGAUCCUGUACUGCUCAAUC